UAUGCGCAGAUGUUGAGUCUUCUUGUCUUCUCUUGGUUAUUUUCCAUUAUCUAUACUUAUGACCACACGAGCAACCCUUGAGAAUAAUCAAAUAUUUAAUGGGGGGGUAUGAUUGCCAACCUGAGAAAUAGGCUGUGUAAUAUUGUGAUCUCAAGGUAGGCUAUUUUCCCUUAGGUCAGGCUAUAUUUUAAAACGAUCUUACCACAGAAUUAAGAAUAACGAUUUUCACUGGGCUGAGACCUAAUCUUACCCUUUCCAAAUGCAGUUGACAUAUUUACGUAACUGGAUUGGAGUAUGUAACAAACACAGGAGCCAAAGCGGCCUACACACAGGAGCAGACAAGGACAGGGUGACUCUUCACACAUGUGCACGUGUUCUUUUUCAAACGACUUUGGGUAGACAUUGGUCAGACAUCUGCGGGGGCUGCCAUGUCAGUUAGAGAUCAAACACCGUGGGACAAUCCUUACUACAGUGAGCUCCUAUGAAGCAGUGAUCAUAUCUAUAAAUAUCCCGAUGUUUAUUCAACCUGCUCGGACCGUCACAAAAUUGAAAAUGUUUCACUGCUGCCCUCUGCUGAGAAAACGGUAAACUUAAAUCUGUUUAUGAAGCCAUACGUUUUGUUUUUAAUUCACCUUAAUUCAGUUUCUUUACGUAAAUGCUAAAAAAUAUCUUUGAGCUUGUUUGAAGAUAGAUUUGCGUGUACAACCUAGAGAGAGUGAGUGAGAGAGAGAGUACCUGUAUAUGUGUGUGUGUGUGUGUGUGUGUUGUAAUGGGUAAAGAGAGUGACAGGAUGUAGAAUGGAAACUCCUACUUCACAAUGAAAAAAAUACUGAACACAUCUGUCUGUAUGGUUCACUUCCUCCUCUCAGGGACAGUGAUCAGAGGAGAAGAGCGAGUAGAAGAAAUUGAAAGAAAGGCAAAAGAAAGCAGUCUAAAUGGACUAGGCCCGACCUGCUUCGAUUCAACACGCGUGUGAAGUUAAGAGAGGUAGAUAGAACAGAACAGAGGAAAAACAGUGGAGAGAAGACAAAGAAACAGAGAUGGCUCAAAGAUUGACACCAAGAAAAUCGUUCUUCGGUGCUCUGAUGUUUCUUGUCUUCCCACAUACAGGGAUAUCAAACAAAGAGAUAUCCAUUUCUCAAACAAACGAGGAAGCAGCCAUCAUCCUGACCUGUCACCUGUCUGGGAAUAUGACAGUCAUUCAGACAAGCUGGGUGAUGAGCCCUAAUAGAACUAAUGUAGGCACCUUCCACCCCGUGUACGGCACCCAUGUCCUCCCACAGUACACGGAACACGUGGAGAUCCUCAGUGAUCCUCCCAACUCCCAUAGGAGCUCCUUGAGGCUGAAGAACGGGGCGAUGAAUGGACCAAUCUCUUCUGCUGUGUGUUCACCACCUUCCCCUCAGGCACGCUGGACUGCUGUACAGACAUCAACCACAACACCACCCAAGGUACACCACCUCUCUGUCCUCCACAACACCACCCAAGGUACACCACCUCUCUGUCCUCCACAACCACCACCCAAGGUACACAACCUCUCUGUCCUCCACAACACCACCCAAGGUACACAACCUCUCUGUCCUCCACAACACAACCUCUCUGUCCACCACACCACCACCUCUCUGUCCACCACAGCACAACCUCUCUGUCCACAACACCACCCAAGAAUAAUGGAAAUUGCACGUAUAGGUGCGGUGUGUAGGAUUAAGGAUGCUCUAUAA